GGGGGGGUGUCCCCUGGGGUGUCCCCGGGGUGGUGGGACUGCCACUGCCUGUCCCCCGCAGACAUCAUGGCUGACAAGGAGGGGGUGACGCUGUCGCUAGAGGAGGAGGAGGAUGCCGACGUGGCCCUGGCGUACAAGACGCCAGAGAAGAAGAGCCUGCGGGAGAUCCAGGAGCUGGACCCAGGGGAUGAGAGCCUGCGGAAGUACAAGCAGGCGCUGCUGGGUGCCAUCCCUGCUGCUGUGGAUGCCAGCGUGCCCAACGUGCAGGUGACAAAGCUCACCCUGAUGUGCGAGCAGGCACCAGGGCCCAUCACCAUGGACUUGACAGGAGACCUGGAGAUGCUGCGGGGCCGGGCCUUUGUGCUGAAGGAGGGGGUGGACUACAGGGUGAAGGUGUCCUUCAAGGUGAGAUGGGUGCAUGGUGCCCGGGGUCCCUGGAGGUCCCUGCCCCUCCCAUGGGUCCCUGCCACCCUUGAUCCUGCUCAGUGCCCAAUCCUGCCCAAGAAGCUCGAUCCUGGGGGGGGGUGCAGGAUGGAGCUUUAG